AUGACCUACACUCUUUUCUAUGCGCUCUUGUUCUUCGUCAUCAUUUCAGGCACCAGUCUUUAUCUCACUCGAUCUCGAUGGAUUCCUUUAUUGCCGGCCCCUGAUCAACUCUACCAUCGCCUCCCCUCGAGCUUCACAAGCGAUCUCGAAGCCGGCCUGAGUUCGUCGCAGUUCGACAUCAGCGCUAAUAUCGCCGAGGGGGAUUCCAGAGCUGGUCUUGAUCAAAGGGCGAAGGAGGAAAUACGGAAGAUUAUGAGAAAUCGCAAAGUCAAUUUUGAUGAGGCUCGACGAAUCUACACCGAACAGCGAUUCGCUCGAAAUAAUAUUGGUCCGGAUGGUCGUCCGAGGGAUCCGAAAUUCGUCUCGUUUUCAUGA